AUGGAUCUUCUCUUACUAGAGAAGACCUUAAUAGGCCUUUUCUUUGCCAUUUUAGUAGCUAUUAUUGUGUCUAAAUUGCGGAGCAAGCGUUUUAAGCUGCCCCCAGGUCCAAUUCCAGUCCCAGUUUUUGGUAACUGGCUGCAAGUUGGCGACGAUUUGAAUCAUCGUAACCUCACUGAUUACGCGAAGAAGUUUGGUGACAUUUUCUUGCUUAGAAUGGGGCAAAGAAACUUGGUCGUUGUGUCGUCCCCUGAAUCAGCUAAAGAAGUUUUGCACACCCAAGGGGUUGAAUUUGGAUCAAGAACGAGAAAUGUAGUCUUUGAUAUCUUCACUGGAAAGGGUCAAGAUAUGGUUUUUACUGUAUACGGUGAGCAUUGGAGGAAGAUGAGGAGGAUUAUGACUGUACCCUUUUUCACUAAUAAAGUGGUUCAGCAAUACAGAGGGGGUUGGGAGUCUGAGGUGGCUAGUGUUGUUGAGGAUGUGAAGAAGAAUCCUGAAUCUGCUACGAAUGGGAUUGUUUUGAGGAAGAGAUUGCAACUCAUGAUGUAUAAUAAUAUGUUCAGGAUUAUGUUUGAUAGGAGAUUUGAGAGUGAAGAUGAUCCCCUUUUCGUAAAGCUUAGAGCUUUGAAUGGUGAGAGGAGUAGAUUGGCUCAGAGCUUUGAGUACAAUUAUGGUGAUUUUAUCCCUAUUUUGAGGCCUUUCUUGAGGGGCUACUUGAAGAUUUGCAAGGAAGUUAAGGAGAAGAGGUUGCAGCUGUUCAAGGAUUACUUUGUUGAUGAAAGAAAGAAGCUUGCAAACACCAAGAGCAUGGACAGCAAUGCUCUAAAAUGUGCCAUUGAUCACAUUCUUGAUGCUCAACAGAAGGGAGAGAUCAACGAGGAUAACGUUCUCUACAUUGUCGAGAACAUCAAUGUUGCUGCAAUUGAAACAACAUUGUGGUCAAUUGAAUGGGGUAUCGCGGAGCUAGUCAACCACCCUCACAUCCAACAGAAACUCCGUGAAGAGAUCGACGCAGUUCUUGGACCAGGAGUGCAAGUGACUGAGCCAGACACCCAAAAGCUUCCGUACCUUCAGGCUGUGAUCAAGGAGACUCUUAGACUCCGGAUGGCAAUUCCUCUUUUAGUCCCACACAUGAACCUUCAUGAUGCAAAGCUUGCUGGAUAUGAUAUUCCAGCAGAGAGCAAAAUCUUGGUUAACGCUUGGUGGUUGGCUAACAACCCCGCUCACUGGAAGAAACCGGAAGAGUUCAGGCCCGAGAGGUUCUUGGAAGAGGAGAAGCACGUCGAUGCCAAUGGCAAUGACUUCAGAUUCCUUCCAUUCGGUGUUGGUAGGAGGAGUUGCCCCGGAAUUAUCCUAGCGCUGCCAAUUCUCGGCAUCACUUUGGGACGUUUGGUGCAGAAUUUUGAGCUAUUGCCACCUCCGGGGCAGUCAAAGCUCGACACCACGGAGAAAGGUGGACAGUUCAGUCUCCACAUUUUGAAGCAUUCCACCAUUGUGAUGAAACCAAGAUCUUUCUGA